AUAUGCUAAUUUGUUCAAGUCAGAAAACCAAACCGUUUAAUCGCUUUAAACUGAUUAACUCUGAAUCAUCCAAUUGAUAACUUGAUUGUGUAAAUUGAUUGCAUGAUUAAAUUGAUUGCGAAAAGGGACAUACCAAAAUAAACAGUUUAGUGAUUCAAAUAGUUUUCCAUAUCACGGAUGCUAUUUAAUUGCAUUUUCCUAAUAACUAAGAAUUACAGUCAUUGUUUUGAAUAGAACUUAUUUCCUAACAGGAUUUUAUUUGAUGUUUAGUAAACAUUAUGGCUUGCUCUCAAAAAGAAGCAGGUAGCAUUACCUUGCCAGAACAAGACGUUGUGUUUCGAAACCUUAAAAAUGCCAAAAGAUUUGCUAUAGAUAUUGGUGGUUCACUGACGAAAAUUGCAUAUUAUUCCACAGUUUCAUACAAACGAGCAUUAUACUCAUUAGAUGAAAAUUCAGAAACUCAGAAUCCUGAAGACGGUCAUUAUGAAGUAUUGGAGACUGAUGUAGAAGUUGCCCGCUUACAUUUCAUUAAAUUUGAGACCAAACACAUUGAAUCCUGUCUUCAAUUCAUUAAAAAGAAUUUAAUAGGUUCACCUGACUUUAUGAGAGGCAAAAGCAUUAAAGCAACCGGAGGAGGGGCUUAUAAAUAUACUAAUAUACUCACAAACACUCUGGGUUUGAUGGUGGAUAAAGAAGAUGAGAUGGAAUGUUUAAUUAAAGGCUGUAAUUUUGUUCUAAAAAACAUUCCAGAUGAAGUAUUUGAAUAUAGAAGACACGUUAAUCCAGAAUAUCGUUUUCAUAGUGUUGAGCCUAACAUGUAUCCAUACUUACUUGUAAACAUAGGAUCAGGUGUCAGUGUCAUGAAGGUGGAGUCAGAGUCAUCUUAUGAAAGAAUCGGUGGUUCUGCAAUGGGAGGUGGCACAUUUUGGGGUUUGGGAUCUCUCUUGACUAAGGCCAAGGGAUUUGAUGAACUUCUAGAGUUAGCUGAAAAAGGAGAUCAUAGGGGAGUAGAUAUGCUUGUUAAGGAUAUAUAUGGUAGUGACUAUUCUGCUAUGGGCUUAUCAGGAGAUAUAAUUGCUUGCAGCUUCGGAAAAGCUAUCCACACAUCUAAAGAUAAAGAUUUCAAUAGUGAUCAGUUUGCACCUGAUGACAUUGCUCGAAGCUUGCUGUUCAUGAUCAGCAAUGAUAUUGGUCAAUUAGCAUGUCUCUACGCCAUGCUUCACAAUCUUCAAAAAAUCUAUUUCGGUGGAUAUUUUCUAAGAGCUCAUCAUCUCAGCAUGCACACUAUUUCUUAUGCUGUCAAUUAUUGGAGCAAGGGAAAAGUGCAAGCCUUAUUUCUACGUCAUGAAGGAUAUUUAUGUGCUAUAGGUGCAUUUUUAAAAGGUGCAGAAGAAUAUGAUACAGACAAAUACUCUUGGUGUGAAAAUUAUGCUGGGAGUUCAGGUCUAAGCAGUCCUCUUCCUACGCAACCUUCAUCUACAAACCCAAUGAUUGAUCAGCUUGAGAUCGAUCGUUUUGAUUGGCAACUUGUUCAUUGCCCUCUUUUAAAAGAGCCAACUGAAUAUGUGCCAGACACAGUUGAUUUAACUCAAGAUGCAGAUGCUAGAGAUUAUUGGCUUGUUUGUUUUGAAGAAGCAAUAGACAAAUUUGUAGAAAGAGCUAUACAGAGCCAAGUUCAUCACUCUGAUGCUCAUCAAAGAGCUAAAAUAUUCAAAGAAAAAUAUUUAGGCCGUUUACAACAAUUAAGGCUUCACCCAUUUGCUUUUGGUUCUUUGACAGUGAGAAGUUUAUUGGAUAUGAGAGAACAUUGUUUAAAUGAAUUUGAUUUUCCAGAUCCUUAUUUACAACAAAAGCGUAUGGAAAAUGAAAUGGCCAUAAAAAUGCUGAAAAGCAGAAUAGAUGCUUUGGAUUCAAUGAAUUGGGAAGAUAGACAAAUAGCUCUUGUUCAGGGACUACUUGCUGGUAAUGUGUUUGAUUGGGGUGCCAAAGAAGUUGCAAAAAUCAUGGAAUCAUCAGAUUUUGGCUUUGCUGAUGCAAACAAGAGACUUCAAGCUAGACCCUGGCUUGUUGACAAUGUUAAUGAAUGGCUUGCGCGUCUUAAAGGAGCUGCCCACAAAUGUGCUGCUAUAUUUGUAGAUAAUAGUGGAAUGGAUGUUGUCUUGGGUGUUUUGCCGUUUGCAUUGGAGCUUUUGAAACGAAAAACAAAGGUUUUACUUUGUGCUAACUCAAAACCUGCUCUGAAUGAUGUGACUUAUCAAGAAUUAAAAGUUCUGAUUCGAAAAGUAGCUGCAAUUAUCACUGAGGUUAAUGAUGCUCUUUCUAGCUGCCAACUGAAAAUUUUAGACUCUGGGCAAGGUUCACCUUGUCUUGAUUUAAGUCGAUUAAACCUUGAAGUUGCGCAAGCAAUGGAAUCAUAUGGAACUGAUCUCAUUGUUUUAGAAGGAAUGGGUCGUGCUGUGCAUACAAAUCUAAAUGCAAACUUUAAGUGUGAAUCAAUCAAAGCUGCUGUUUUAAAAAAUCACUGGCUUGCAUCUCGAUUAGGUGGAGAUAUGUUUUCAGUCAUAUUUAAAUAUGAAGCUCCUUAAAGUAGCAGAAUAACAUUAUAUUUAUUCUGACUUCGAUGGUAAUGCCUUGUGAUAUUAUUCUUUUGUGCAAAGGUGGUUGUUCGAAAUUAUCUAUUUUUAAUUAUUGAAGUACUUUUGUCUUUUGGAGUAAUUGUAUGCUCGAAAAAUCCCAACUUUCCCAUAAGUUCGGGUCUACACAUCAACAAUCAUGCUGAAAGUAAUUUAAUGUCACAAUACCAGGUAUUUCCUUAAGAUUUAUGUUAUGUUAUUUCUCGCAGUAAAUGGCAAUAUAUUUAUCAACCGUAUUUGUUAAAUUUUCUGAGCUUGAGCUUCAGAAUUUGGUUCAAAGUUUUUUUUUCCAAGUUAAAUCAUAUGUUUUAAGUGGAAUUUCAGUACAAGAAUUUAUGUAUGGGUAAUAAAGAUGAGAUGAGCACAUCCGAAUAGGGGCUCCGGUUAAGCUUCUAUAUACAUUCGUUCUAUGUAAAGUCCAAAUCGGUAUAUAUAUAUAGUUUGUUUGAUAUUGUUACUAAUUUUUAAAAAAAGUAAAAUAAUUAUUAACUAUAAACAAUUGAGAAGUAUUAAAUAUUAAGAAACAAAAGAAAAUCAAAUAAUUUAUCUUGUAUUUUUCAAAUUUUGGCUAUAUAUCAUUUUAGAAUUUUGGCCUUUAUCUAAAAUAUUAAAUCUCAAAUGAGUAGGCUUAUUCUAAAAAAUUCUAUUGAUUUCAAGUUACAACCCCUAAGAAUGAGCAUGAUCACAUGUCUAAUGGAUAUGCUCAAGCUUAUUUUUGGUAUGCAUUAUAUAGAUAUAUAGGAAAACAUGGAAAAAGAUAUGAAGAUAUUUUAAAAGAAAAGAAGAAAAAAAAGGCUAAAGAUAUUGUUUUAAAAAAUAUUCAAAAGUUUAAAAAAAAAGAUGAGAAGUGUAAGUACAUAUGAAUUUGCUAUUCACUUUAUGCAUUACAUUUUAUGUUUUAUUCUACAUUUUCUUGAAUUUUUAUUUUCUAUUUUUAUUUUGUUUUAUUUUGCAUUUUUUGUUUUACAUUGCAUUUUUUGUUUCUCUUUGCAUUUUUUUCUUAAUAUGUUCUAUUUUUGUUUCAAUUUUUUUGGUGCUCUUCACACUAUUCUGUUGAUAUAUUUUGAUUUUCCUCUUUUUAAUUUUUUUUUCCUUAUCCCUUAAAAUAUCUUCACAUUUUUUCCAUGACACCAAAAUACUUCUCUGUAUUAUCUUCAAAAAAUAUUUCUAUUGAAUUCUCUACAUUUUUAACAUAUUUUAGGAAUUCUAUGUACCUGCAGUUUAUGAACAGUAAAUAAAACUUUUUUUUUCUUAAUUUUCUUCGUUAAUCUCUCUUUUGCAUGCCUGGAUAACAAUUUAAUUUUUUUAAUUUUAGUUAGGAUCUAAAAAUUGAUCACCUAAUUUUAAGAUCUACAGUAGAAAGGUCAAGUUAUUGUUAUAUUUCUUUUUCAUCACUUUUUUGCGUGCCGAAAGUGGCAUAAAUGUAUUAAACUCUUUAAAAAAAUCAAAUAUCAUUAAAAUGUUUGCAUUUUUUUAGAUAAAUUGAAUUAAAAUAUGUAUUGAAUCCCUGUGGUUUGUGCAGAAAAUGUUUAUUAAGACAAACACUGUAUUAAUUAUUUUAGUGUUCAUGCCAUAAAUAUUCUGGUUGAAAUGCAAAUAAUUGUAUGAAAAUAUAGAGAUGCAUUAUCAUAUUUUAUCAAACUAUGUUCUCUAGAUAUUAAUUGUAUUAUAUCUUCUUGUUUGUGUGAUCAGUUAUAUUUUUAUUUAAUCAUGCAGCAUUUAU